ACUGCCUGCAGAGCCAUAGCAAGCCCAACCAUGAGGUCCCUGAUUGCAGUUGUCUUCUUCGCUUUCCUUGCCACCGCCUUCGCCGGAUACUUUGGAGGCUACGGCGGUUACGGUGGAUAUGGCGGAUAUGGUGGCUACGGUGGAUACGGUGGAUACGGUGGCUACGGCGGCUACGGAGGGUAUGGUGGCUACGGUGGAUAUGGCGGAUACGGUGGCUAUGGCGGUUACGGUGGAUAUGGCUACGGCUACCCAGUCGGCCGCGCUUUCGCCUACCAUACACACAUCAAGCACGGAUAUGGCGGUUAUGGUGGAUACGGACUCGGUGGCUUUGGUUACGGACACGGAUACUACGGCUGAAAACAAGUUGGGCUGACAUGAAGUCUUUCUCACUCUGGGCCAAAAAUUUGUGUUGAAGAAUGUUCCUCCGCCGAAAAUAAAACUCAGCGAACACACA